UGUUCGCUGGCGACGUGCGAGGUUGCAGAACUUCGUGCAGAAAUUUUGUUAGAGGUGUUUCUGUAAUUGGAGAGGGAGCAGGAUUUCUGGGCGGUAUUUUUGGUCCGGCGCAGGUACCUAAAAGUGGUAACUGAACUCGGUGUUGAAGAGAGCAGGUACUUAAGUGACACACCCUAACCCAGGCACUGUACAGUGCCACCCAAAUAGUGUCAGCGUGUACAGUGACUGCAACCCGUCAAGCCCGGAUUACACCUCUCCCUCCCCACCCCAGCUUCGCACUCUCCUCUCCUCCCAUCCCAUCCCACCCACUCUUCCCACGCAUCUCCCCAGCGAUGCUCGCACGGCGACUCCACGUUCCACGCGCCCCACCUCGUUGCUGCCGCGACUCACCCCCAUGGCCACGCGGGCAAUCGGCCGGCUCCAAAUCGCUACUCCCUUCCUGCCAACCCGUCAAGUCCGUACGCCACCGUCCCCGUCCCCUUGGCGUCCCCCAGACCCUCCGCUGCCGCGCUCCACGGGGCCGGCGCGGCGAAGCGGAGAGGACAGGCGAGCGUGCACAGGGGACCGCGCGGGGGGCUGCGCGGGGCUGCCGGUGGUGCACCACGCGCUGUUCAGCGCGCCGCAACUGGCGGCGGGGCACCGUUUCCCGAUGGGCGUGUUCGAGGCGAUUCACGACAUGCUGCUUCGGGAAGGGAUGGUGCGACCCGCGCAGGUGGUCACACCCCAUCCAGUGCCUCUCGCCUCGGACCUGCUUCGAGUAGGUGCACUGCCCGCAGUACGUGGCUCUCUUCUGCCAGGGCGCGCUGCCCCCUGCUGCCAUGCGCCGCAUUGGCUUCCCCUGGUCGCGCACCCUCGUUAGAAGAACACUCGCCGAGGUGGCAGGCACGUUGCUGACGGCACAGCUGGCACUGGAGCACGGGCUCGCAUGCAGCACGGCAGGGGGUAGGGAAGGGAUUGGCAGGACGGGAGUAGGUAGUGAGAGGCUGUGGAGCACUACACUGCCUCGCAUGCAGUAGGGGCUGAGGUGUGAGGCGUGCUUGGAAAGAGGUUGUAAAACACGACCGUACUGCCUGCACUGUACUGAGUGAUUGAGAGCCUUGUGUGUGUGGCUUUGCAGGGGACGGAAGGGGACGAGCACGCCUGGCGGCUGGGCUGCUGGCUGGUGGGGUGGGGCAGAGCUGGUUUUUGCGAGAAUUCUUUGAAACCAGCUCAACUCAUGCAGCAUGAGGUGUGCUUUGAAUCCAGAGGAAAGAGGAGCAGUUGGACGGAAGGGGUGGGUGGGAUGGGAUGGGAAGCUGCCAUGCCAACCCAUCACAUGGUGACAGCCCCCUGCCAUACCAACCAAUUGCAUGGGUGUGCAGCUGCCGUACAUCCACCCGUAUCUAUAUUACCUUGGCUCUUCUUCUCCCCCCCCCUUCCGCUGCCCAACGUACCCAACCCGUCGCUCUGUCUCCUACCAGGCACGCACCAUGCAUUCCGUGACUAUGGGUCGGGCUACUGCAUUCUGAAUGACCUUGCUGUCACUGCCGCCGCCCUCACUUGCUCCACCGUGCACCCCACUGCACCAGACCCACCACUACCAUCACCGUCAACAUCACCAGCAGUGCCUUCGUUAGCCCAAGCAUUUUCCUCACAAUCGGUACCGCCAGCAGCAUCACUACCAUCCGUUUUACCAGCAGCAGCAUCACUACCAGCCGCACCUGCACCAGCAAUCGCGGCUGCUGAGGGCAAGAAGCAGGACCUCUGGAGAGAGCUGCUUGCGGGAGCAGAGGACAGGGAGGGCGAGAGGGUGGUGAAGCGAGUGCAGCGAGUAGCGAUAGUGGACCUGGAUGUGCACCAGGGCGAUGGCACAGCAGCCAUGCUCGCCACGUGCCCCAACGUGUUCACCUUCAGCAUGCACUGCGGGGCCAACUUCCCAGCCAGGAAGCAGCGCAGUGACCUGGACGUGGACGUGCCAGAGGGCACAGGGGAUGCUCACUACCUCGCUCUGCUAGCCGACCACCUCUCCUCUGUGCUCACAUCAUUCCGCCCAGACCUUGUGCUCUACGAUGCUGGAGUAGACCCCCACAUGGACGACGCCCUUGGCAAGCUGUGCCUGACGGAUCAAGGGCUGUUUCGCCGAGACAUGCAGGUGAUUGACACGUGUGUGGGCAUGGGCAUCCCGGUGGCAGCAUACGUGGGGGGCGGGUACCACCGCAAUGUGCAGGUUCUGGCCCAUCGACACUGCCUCUUGCACCGAGCAGCAGCCGAAGCAUGGCAAGAUAAUGGCCUGUAGCUGUCCUGCAAGCUAGUUACUGCACUUGUUGGGCUGAGAAAAACCCUUUCCAGAGACUGAGUCACAGUUGUAAAAGGUGCUUGAGUAGUGCAGCGGAGGUUGAGUAGUUGAACCCUUGUACUAGUAUAUGAGAAAAAGUGAUUUAUUAAAAGAAACAAGCAUAC